UUUUAUUAAAUUUUUGAAUGAUCCACCUUGUAUGCACUCUGUAUUUCUUUUACCUAGAAACCUAUUGAUGAAGCUUUAUUGCAUUAACCAAUGGUUUCCAUAAGUAUAGAAUAGAACCUCAGUUCAGUUCAAUUCUGAAAUGACAUCUACACCACCACAUGACUUUGCCCACUCAAUAAUAUAUUUGUUUUUAUACAGUUCUACAGUCAUCAUAAAUAAGUAUGUGUUGUCAGUGCUGUGCUUCACAUACCCCACAAUCUACCAAGGAUGGCAGACCCUCGUAGGAGCAUUACUACUGCGUCUUAUUCUGUACAAGUCCUCCUGGCUCGCCAUGUCUCCAACACCGCUUGACAAACCUGGAUUCAUCUCUCUUUUGCCAUCAUUUCUUUUCUUCGUUGCUGGUAUUGUGGCCAGUUCUAAAGCUCUUGCCAAUAUAAGUGUCGGAAUGUUCCUGUGUCUGCACAACACCCUGUGCUCAGUGCUGUACCUGCUGGAGGUUUUCCCCAGCAUGCGCAGAGAAGGAAAUAUCAGCAAUCCCCCCCCGCAGCUCAAAGCUGUUGCUGAAACUUCCAUUUCACGGAUUGGUGUCCUGGCUGCACUCCUUACGCUCCUCACUGCACUUGCAGCUGUCAUUUCAGACCUUGAAAUAAAUUUCUCCGAGUCUCCUUACCUGUGGCUGAUGGUAUCGCUGUCGUGCGUGGCUGUGCAGCGGCUGCAUUCUAGAAUUGCUGACGCUCGCUACACCGACGUGGACAGGCUCUACUGCUGCUAUGUCUUCAGCGUGGUGGUGCUGGCGCCGGCGUCGCUGUACCUGGAGGAGGCGUUCGAGGUGCUGCAUUUCCCCCACGCGUCCCGCCUGGACUUCAUGGGCGCCUGCCUCUUGGUGGGGGUAUUGGCACUGCUGCUCUCCUUGCACACCAUCAAGUUUCAGACACACCGCCACUUCAGCCGGGUUGACGCAGUAGGACGGCUGGUCACGGCGCUGGUGUCGGUCGUGGUGUUCACGGACGAGACGAGGCAGGCGACCGCGGCGCUGCUGCUCACCAACCUCGGCCUGGGACUGCUCGUGCCUGGCGUGCGCUCCAUCUCACCCGACCCUGCGGACCGCUGGCCCGCCGCGCGCCCGGACCUGCCCGACGACACACAGACGCUGCUGGCGGUCGACACGCAGUCUUGAUGGUCUGAGUCCUGAGUCUUGAUGACCCAAGUCCUGAGUCUUGAUGACCCAAGUCCUGAGUCUUGAUGACCCAAGUCCCGAGUCUUGAUGACCCAAGUCCUGAGUCUUGAUGAUCCGACCUUCUCUUUUAAUGACUUUUUUUUCUGAUUCGUUUACUUUUUUACCAACAAAUAAUUUGUAACUUUGGCGCCAUACUUAUUUCAAUUUCAUUAUUUCAAGUUUUGUAUUAUUCCUGAUAACCAAAGACAAGUACAAUAUGUGGUUCAAUUUAGCCAAUUCUAGAAUUAAUGAUAACCUAAAUGAUAUUUUAAUUUUAUGCUAAGAUUUGAACGUUAUUCUGAAGGUCAAGCUGAUUAUUUCAUUUCAUCUGUCAUGUUCAAUCUUACCAGUCUGAUGGAAAUGUUUUUUUUUUAACUAACCACAGUGUUGAAAAAUGGGCUAAAAAAUUGUGCUCUAAAUGACCAUUUUAUCAAUAUAGACUAUAGAGGCUAUCUUUGUUCAUUUUAUUCCUAAAUUAAUGCCCUUAAACCAGUAUAUGAUUUUUGAUGAAUUAGGAAAGUCCAUCUGACAGUUACAUUCUAUCUCAUUUUCAACUCAAAGAACUCCGUGCCAGAAGAGCUUAAGCUCUUAGCUUUAUUUAAGUCCUCAGCAUCAUGAGCAAAGUGAAGUACUGAAGCUUUGAGAUUUUGUUGAAUUGGUCAUUGGCUUUGAUACCUGGUCAAUACUAGUGCCGCAUGCAAGCUAACGUUUUGUUUCUUAUGUUUGCUAGGCGGGGUUUGGUAUUUUUUAUUAAACAUAAUUUCAUUGUUCGCCAGAUUAUAGCCUAUAUUUUGUAUGUUUUGUCGUUCUUGAGUGGUUUGGCAUACACAAGGGAUAGCGAGGGACGAGCCAAGGGACGUAACAUUUUUUCGCUUUUUCUGCAGUUCUCACUGCGUACAGUGAACUUUGUUAUCUCUCUUUUUGUAAGCAUUACCUUAACAUAAAGUACGAAUUUUCCAAUUUUAUUUCUCAAGUAUGUUCUACUACAUUAUAUUUUCGGUUACCUCGAGACGGUUUUGGUCGGUGACACAUUGAUAUCUUGAAAUAUCUUCCUUAUUUCCACACAUUCUCUCCGCUAUUAAGUUGAUGCCCGUCUCUGCUUUAUAACAGUUUAUGUGACACAAUUAUUAAUUCUUUAAUAUAAUUAGAUGAUUGCGCGUGCUCAUUUAAUAAUAUUUCGCACAUCCCAGUAUCCUGAUUGUAGUAUUUUCAGGGGAUCGUUGAGUGAGCGCUACUCGUAUCAUGGAGACACGCGUUAUUCUCUUGUUCAUUGCCUUUAAAAUCUCAACAAAAUUAAAUUUAAUACAACGAUUUGAAUAAGGAAUACAUUAUUUAUACUGCAAUAUCUUUACAAAUAACGCCUUUUGAUAUAAGACUGGAGGCUGCAGAUGUCAUUUGACUGGCCUUUUUUCUCUAUUAUGAAAAUAAAUUAGCAAUGUUAAGAAACGCGUCAUGUUUAGAGGCCCAUUUCUCCGUCUCGAGCGGAGGAGGAAAGUUGUGGUGUCUGGAAUCUCUUACUGGUUGAUGCCUGCGGAUAUAUUUAUAUCGUUUAUAUUCUACAUAAGUAUUUUUUUAAAGUUUUAUAAUGAUAUUUUUAUAGACCUAUAAAUUCCCAUUGAUAACAAAAUAUUUUGGAUGAGCCAAUUUGUGUGCGUCUGUUGUGACCAAAGUUGUUUCUGCUUCCAACUUUGGUUCUUGGUAAUGUAAUGAAUUGUUAUUAUUAAUAAACAUUUGAGAUCGAAUUCAGCACUUCGUCGCUGACGGUGAGCUUCCCAAUAAUGAAACGAACGACCAACAACUGCCUCAAAUUAUCUACAUUAUUAUUAAGUGCCUUCCUAAUAAUGAAACUAAUAACAAUUGCCUCGCAUUAUCUACAUUAUCAUUAAUUGCCUUCCUAAUAAUGAAACUAAUAACAAUUGCCUCGCAUAAUCUACAUUAUUAAUAAUUGCCUUCCUGAUAAUGAAACUAAUAGCAAUUGCCUCUUCUUUUCCACUUAUAAACACGCCCUCUGCCUGACAUCGCGAUCUUGUUGUCAGACAUUCUGUAGAUUUUUUUGUUUUUAGUUUUAGGUCUCGGAUGUGACGGUGCUGGCCUAAGUUGCUGUCGUGCAUGACAGGCACUCUAUCCUCUCUUCCUUGAUCUUCAUCUUCAAACUUUUUGGAGCCAUGCUCAGCAAUAGGAAAUUUAUUGGACAGAAUUAUCUUUCUUACUAAUAUUUUAGCUGAUCUCAAGGCAUUCAUUUUUGUCUUCCUUCACUUGUUCAUGGAAGCAUCGUUUUUUUUACAUUUCGGUUCUUCAUGUUGUGGUUUUUAGUUCAUUUUUUAUCCUUCAACAACAGAAGAGUUAUUUGUUAUUUCCCACUGUGUGUCUUUUUGUAAAGCAUAUCCUAUGAUUCGGGCAUUUCUGUUGAGAGGCGGUCUUCUAACCAGUCCUUUCGUGUUGUUAUUCCUAGUGAAGUUGAGAUGCUCUUGGCAUUGCCUGUAAUGCCGCUGAUAUUUUCUGGCAUUAACAACAAGCGUCAGCAGCAGCAGCACUGCAAUGGUCUUCCAAUUGACACCAACAUAGAACAGCUUCAAAAGAGAUUAAAUUCUAUAUAUAUUAGAAUUUUCGGAAAUUAGUAUAAGCUACAGGAUUUAAAUUUGAAUUAUAUACAUUCUUUUAUGUUAUGGAUAGACUUGAUAUUAAAGGAUUCUUAACCUGUAUUUAUGUAUUUGUCGGUUUCUCGUUAGAUAGCAAGGGUGAGUAGAACAUGCUUUGGGUUAUCAAGUCAUUUCUAACGUCGGCUGUGUAAAAUCUCGUCACCAAAGUCUUGUUGAAUGUUUCUUUUCUUGGGUUUUUAUUAUGUGGUUUCAUAUUGAGUUGGCCAUAAGUUUAAGUUGCUGUUGUAGUUCUGAGGAAUGCUAAACUUUCGCAAAAACUCUCCUAUAACUUCAACCUGACUAGGUGCCUACAAAAACCUGAGAUGCAACGUUGCUUUUAGAGUUUGAAAUACAAGCAAGUUGCUCGUACUUGUGUCUUUCUAUUGAUGUUUUACCAGUGAAAAACCAACGAUUUUUUUUAUUGUGAUUACUUAUAUUGUGGGUCUGGGAGUGCUGGUGAUUGCGGUAUGGGUGCUACCAAGUUAUACAUGUGCGACGCCAGGCAAACUCUUGUGACAGCGCCGGCUGUUGCCCUCCACUGCUGGACGUACGUGUGAUGAGUUUCUGAUGUGAAAUAGUUUGUGAUGAUCAAACUAUUUCACGAACACUUGCUACGGAUGAGAUGCCAGCCAUGGCAAUUUGAAAUAACAUUUGUACCAAACUUUUUUUAUUAAAGCUUCGAAUUGUAAGGUUAAUGGCGACCAUAUAUAGAGCAUUUGUGGUUGGAAUGAUUUUGAGGUUUAAUUCUACAACUUAUAUAUUGAUCUUCUCUGUUGUAUUAACGGCAAGGCAGUGUUGUGUCUUCCUAUAUGCGCUUUUAGUAUUAGUGGAAACGUGUGAUAAUCUGCUCUCUUUAUAUUAUUUAAAGAUGGUGUGCAGGAAAGCCCUCAUGUUAAAUAUGCAAUUGGUUGGGUAAUUUUUAAGUAUAUUUGUAUACCAAGGUCGUGUCGUGUAAGGUUUCUUUACAUCAUUACUUAUAUUAUCUGUCUGCUUAUAUCGCAAGUUCACAAGGAAUUGAAAAUCAAAGAAAACGCCAAGCAAAUUCGCCAUUUCGAUCAAUCGAAUUCACGUUUUCAAUAUCGAAAUGGUGAACUUUCUUUGCUUUUAAAUUCCUUGUUCACAUCAAUAAUAAUCUUCAUUGAGACGUCUAUCCCACUAUCCAGCAGCUCCCUGUUAAAUAUGUCUAUAAGGAAAUCCUAUGCUAUUCUUAUUAGGGUAAAGUAACAGAGUUGCGGCGGUCCUGCCAUGACAUUGCUUCCAUCUAACCUUCGCUUUGCUGUUAACCUCAAUUGGCGUUUGUUGUGUUAUGUCAGUGUAGCUAGAUUAUAUGAACUAGCGGUGUGAGUUUUAGUGACAUUACUGGCACUGAGGUUGGUCACUAUUGCCUGAUGCUGGUUUUUGAGAAGCUUGCGCGACUAUUAUUUUGCUUGCAAUUCUUUACCUGUCAUACUAUCAUUAAUUUCAAUGCACUUUAAUUUGUCAUUGAACAGCAGGAAGUUGAGCCUAUUGGCGCUCAUUUAUCGGAAACCAAAAUGUCGUAUUUUCAUGACGAAAAAUUCUUAUUUGCCGUCAGAUGAGAGUGUUUAAAAUCUGUUAGAUUUUGCUGAAGCUUUCUAUGCUUUGCAAUCAUAAUACAUUUUCUCACUGAAA